GCUAUUAUUACUUCAUAGUCACAUUUUAAAUUCCUUUGAUAACAUCAAGUCUUAGAAUUCUCAAAGAAAAUGAGCAACUUUUAUGGUUUUCUUGAGCUCUUGAAAGGACCCUUUAAAAUCCUUUCUCAAAAUGGAAGGCUUAUGGCUAUCAUAGCCAUCAUUUACCUUAUGCUUUACUCCUUGUCGUUCAUCCUAUUCACCUACACGACUAAUCCCUUCAUCACCGAUUUUGUCCUCAAACUUUUUUCCUUACCAUCUGCACGUCCCGGUACUCCUGAGUAUACAAAUAUCUUGAUUUCCAUUCGUGAUGACAUCGGCAUCUUUCUUGGAAUUGAAGGUGCCUACGCCAUUUUCUACUUCUUCGUUGUGGUUUUUGCCCAAACUUCAGUCAUUAUAAUAGCAUCAUGCUAUUACAAUGGUAAUAAUAACUUGUCCUUCAAUGAACUUAUGUUAAAAGUAUCAAAAACUUGGUCUAGACCAUUUGUUACUUUGUUUUAUAUUCAUCUUCUUGCUGGUGGUUACUCAACCCUCUUCUUUUUGCCUUUCUUGGUUCCGACCCUUGUACUUUUUGACCAUCGUGUCAUUCUAGUUACCGUUCUGACCCUCCUCGCUAUCCUUUUUAUCACAUUUUAUAUCUAUCUUUCGGUUGUUUGGAGUUUGGCCGUUGUUGUAUCUGUAAAUGAGGACACUUAUGGGCUUUUAGCACUCGGGAAAGCUAGAGAACUUGUGAAGGGCAAUAGGGUCCCUGGAUUUUUUCUCAACUUUCUCUGCCUUCUUGUUAUGGGUUUUAUUUUUGUAUUUGGAUCGAAAUUAUCACCUUCUAUGCCAAUUAUUGUUGGGAACAUUGAAUUUAUUUGUAUCGGGCUAGUGAGCAUGUUUCAGUUCAUGGCAUAUAGCGGAUUCUAUUACCAGUGUAAAAAUAACACAACGAAAUCUAGGGGUCUGGAAUAUAGCCAGAUUCCAACUGCAGUUGUUCUUAGUGAAGAUAUACCAUAAAAGUUGUCGAUUUAUUAUUAUAUAUAUCACGUUUCGUAUCUUUUAAAAUGACCCAGUAAUGUGUAGUUGGUUUUUGAUUUUAUGUUUGAUAUAAAAGUUUUAUUAAUACAAGUUUGUGUUCUGUUAACAA